CAUAUCACUCUCGUUCGAGUUGACGAACACAGCUCAAAAGAAGAACAAACGCGGGCGCAGGCUCUAUGCUCACUCUCGCAAAUAGUCCCGAUUAAACACUUCAAUAAUUUUCCUCAUUUUCCCGAGAAAAUCCCCUUCCUUAUGGGCCGAAGUCCUAUUCCUCCUGAAAUCGACGAAGCCGGUACCACCACCGCCACCACUGCCACCACAUCUGCCGCCGAUGGUGGCACUAAUGGCGGCAAUGUGAAUAACAACAAUGACCAAGGUUAUCACUCGAUCCGAGACAGAGUGCGAUUUAAGCGAAACACUGCGCAUAGCAACACCAACAAUACUUCCAAUGAUCAAAACAGAGCCACCAUAUCCCCUUUAGAUCGCUCCUCUGGACGCAAGAGUAAUAGAAGUAAUCGCAAGGGUUCAUAUUCUUGGUUUCCGUUCAGAGGCGUUUAUUUGCGUUAUUUUGUGAUUUCCUUUGCUGUUUUUGCUUUUGCUUUUGCAAUGGCUUCGAUGGUGUUACAAAGCUCGAUCACCGAAUUACUGUCUACUAAGGGGUGGAGUGAUUACCGGAAAUCGUUUAGAGAGGAUUUGAGGUUCGGGAGCACAUUGAAAUUCUUUCCAGGGAUAAGAUCAGAGCAGCUUGCAGAGGGUCAUGGGCUUGAUCAACUCAGAUUGCAAGGGGCUAGAGUGGGGCUUCGGGCCCCGAGGCUCGCAAUUAUCUUAGGAGACAUGAAGAUAGGUCCACAAUCAUUGAUGUUGGUUACUGUGAUGAAGAAUCUGCAAAAACUUGGUUAUGUGCUUAAGAUUUAUGCCAUAAAGAGUGGGAAAGCACAAUCAGUGUGGGAUCAAAUUGGUGGUCAGAUAUCAAUUUUACAACCAGAAGAAUAUGGCCGCAUUGAUUGGUCAAUUUUUGAAGGAGUUAUUGUUGAUUCACUUGAAGGCAAAGAGGCCAUUUUAAGCCUUAUGCAGGAGCCCUUUUGUUCAAUACCACUUAUAUGGAUAAUCCAAGAGGAUACCCUUGCAAGUCGUCUUUCAGUGUACAGGGAAAUGGGCUGGGAGUAUCUUGUGUCUCAUUGGAGAAGAUAUUUUAAUAGAGCCAAUGUUAUUGUAUUUCCAGAUUUCACUCUGCCGAUGCUAUAUAGUGUGCUUGACACUGGAAACUUCUUUGUUAUCCCUGGAUCACCAGUGGAUGUGUGGGCUGCUGAAAGCUACAGUAAGACGCAUGCCAAGCAUCAACUAAGAGCACAAAAUGGAUUCACUGAUGAUGAUGUGGUGGUUCUAGUUGUUGGGAGUUCUUUCUUUUAUGAUGAGCUGUCAUGGGACUAUGCAUUGGCCAUGCAUUCCCUAGGACCUCUACUAGUAAAAUAUGCAAGGAGGCAUGACGCUGAGGAUUCAGUUAAAUUUGUUUUCCUCUGUGGUAAUUCUACUGAUGGUGAUGCUUUGCAGGGAGUUGCUUCUCGUUUGGGGCUUCUUCAUGGUUCUGUGAGGCACUAUGGCUUGAAUGGUGAUGUCAAUAGUGUACUGUUAAUGGCCGACAUUGUUAUUUAUGGUUCUUCUCAAGAUGAACAAGGUUUUCCUCCUUUAAUCAUCCGAGCAAUGACAUUUGGAGUUCUUGUCGUUGCUCCUGAUGUUCCUGUAAUGAAGAAAUAUCUUAUUGAUGGAGUUUAUGGGUUACUUUUCCAAAAACAUAACCCUGAAGCUUUGAUGAGGGCUUUCUCUCUUUUAAUAUCAGAUGGAAAACUUUCUGGAUUUGCUCAAACUGUUGCUUCCUCUGGAAGACUGCUUGCUAGGAACAUGUUUGUAUCAGAAUGUAUAACUGGUUAUGCAAGGCUGUUGGAGAAUUUACUCAGCUUUCCAUCAGAUGCCUUAUUGCCAGGUCCUUUGUCCAAGCUUCAACAGAAGGAAUGGGAGUGGAACUUAUUUAGGAAGGAAAUAGCCCAAGGAACUGACAACUUUUUAGGCAUGGAUGGGAGGGAUUCUUCUUACGGAGGAUCUAGUGUUGUUUAUUUUCUUGAGGAAGAGUUGACCAAUCUUAUUGAUUCGACUAACAUCUCUGCGAAUGGAACUGAAAUUCUAGUUCCAGAUCUCCCAACUGAAUCAGAUUGGGAUGUUUUAAGGGAGAUAGAUAGCUUUGAAGAAUAUGAGAGCCUAGAAAUGGAGGAGCUUCAAGAAAGAAUGGAUAAAAGCCCUGGUGUCUGGGAUGACUUGUAUCGCAAUGCUAGAAGAUCUGAGAAACUUAAGUUCGAAGCAAACGAAAGAGAUGAGGGAGAGCUCGAGAGGACUGGCCAACCAGUAUGCAUUUAUGAGAUAUAUAAUGGAGCAGGGGCCUGGCCAUUUUUGCACCAUGGAUCUUUGUAUCGUGGUUUAAGUCUUUCCACAAGAGCACGGAGAUCAAGAUCAGAUGACGUGGAUGCAGUUGCCCGGCUUCCCAUCUUGAGUGAUGCUUACUAUCGGAAUAUCCUCUGUGAGAUUGGAGGGAUGUUUUCUGUUGCCAACAAGGUGGAUAAUAUACACAAGAGACCUUGGAUAGGGUUUCAAUCAUGGCGUGCUGCUGGUAGGAAGGUUUCAUUAUCCAGUAAUGCUGAAAAGGCUUUGGAGGAAAAGAUACAACGAGGAACUAGAGGAGAUGUAAUGUACUUCUGGGCACACUUGGAUGCGGAUGUUGGAAUUACAGGAAGUAAUAAUGACCUAACAUUUUGGUCCAUGUGUGACAUCUUAAAUGGAGGAAACUGCAGAAAUGCUUUUGAAGCUGCCUUCCGGCGGAUGUAUUCAUUACCACCAUCCCAUGUUGACGCUCUUCCCCCAAUGCCAGGAGAUGGAAGCUACUGGUCUGCCAUGCAUAGUUGGGUUAUGCCUACCCCUUCCUUUCUAGAGUUCAUUAUGUUUGCACGGAUAUUUGUAGAUUCCCUUGAUGCCUUGCAUAACGAUUCUAGCCAAGCAAACUUUUGUUUGUUGAGCUCCUCAGAGCUUGAGGGAAAACAUUGUUAUUGUCGGAUAUUAGAACUCCUUGUAAAUGUUUGGGCAUACCACAGUGCACGAAAAAUGGUUUACAUAGAUCCGCAAAAUGGUUCUUUAGAAGAGCAACACCCAGUCGAACUACGAAAAGAAAUUAUCUGGGCAAAGUACUUCAAUUUUACAUUGUUGAAAGCUAUAGAUGAAGAUCUUGCAGAGGCUGCAGACGAUGGUGACCCUCCAAGGGAUAGAUGGUUGUGGCCGUUGACUGGAGAAGUGCAUUGGCAAGGGAUUUAUGAAAGGGAGAGGGAACAAAGAUACAGGCAGAAGAUGGACAAAAAGAGGAAAAUGAAAGAGAAACACAACUUAAGAUAUAAAAACAAAUAUGAACAGAAACCGCUUGGGUGAUAAGAAGCUUUAUAAAUCUGGACAUCCUAUGAAGCAUCACAAUUUUGGAAUGCUUGACACCUAAGGAAGCUACUAAACUGUAUUUUUGCUCAACUUAAGGAAAUGGAGAAGAAACUCGCAGAUGGAAUCUAAUUCGUUACAAAUUGAGUCAUCAUUUUCCCAUUUCUGCUGAAUAUGUACACUUGUGAAAUGGAGGGAGGAGAAAAAUAGCUUCCCCUGAUAUCGCAGCUUAUUAGAAUCCAAGGUCAUUGACGAAAACUUCAAUCCUCGUAGAGUAUGGCAUCCGUCAUUCGUAGACAUUCUUUAUCACCAUUCAAAUUAUUCGGUCCAGGUACUAAAACAUGUAUUCUUUCAUUAUUGUACAUUCUUACGGCAACAUAGAGGCAAUUUUGUUCAUAAGAAUAAUAUAAUUUUGGGUAAUAGAGGUAGGUAAUUUCAUAUUCACCAUUAUUUUUUAUCAAAAUAGUUGGGUUUGAACUUGCAGCCUCAGAUCUAUAUAAAUGAUGGUACAUGUUGGAAGGUGUUUGGUUCAA